AAAGAUUUUUCAGAGAGUCUUCAACUCAUUCACUGAUCUAUAUAUAAUACACAUAUCCCACUCUUUCCAUCAUCAACCAGCAAGCAGCAAUCCAAUAACUUGAAUAUUUUCAUACAUUUGUUCUAAAGCUUCAAAGGAGUUCAAACUUUCAGACAGAAAAAAAAAACAGAAAUGGCUUUAGUGAGAAGUCUAUUGGGCGCAAAGAAGAUUCUUGGCCGAGCAACAGCUUCUACAAGCAAAAGAGUAGCCAUGGCGGCACCACCUAAAGGGUUUCUUGCGGUGUACGUAGGAGAGAGCCAGAAGAUGAGAUAUGUGGUACCAAUCUCAUACUUGAGCCAGCCUUCGUUUCAAGCUCUUCUCAGCAAAUCAGAAGAAGAAUUUGGGUUCGAUCAUCCAAUGGGUGGCUUAACCAUUCCUUGUCCUGAAGAUACUUUCAUCAGCAUAACGUCUCGGCUCCAAUGAUAUGAGUAUUCACCAUUUUGUUCAUAGUAUAUUCAUUGUUUAGAAUUAGAGUUAGACUUUAUUCAUUGUAUAUAGAUGAAUGUUUAAAGAGUUUCUCGAAAAGUUAUAAAAUGAAUUCAGUUUUCAUGCAAUGCAA